AUGAAGUCCAGCAAGUAUAUUUACACGGCAACAAUUGCUGGGUUCUUAUCUCUUUGUUUGGUUAACAUGACCAUGGCCACCGGAACGUUCUAUUACUUUGCUUAUGGUAGUAAUUUACUUGCGAAAAGAAUUCACAUUCAGAACCCAAGUGCAGUACGAAAAGGUUUCGGAUAUCUGAAGGAUUAUAGCUUGGACUUUUUCCAUUACGCUGCUAGAUGGCGAGGAGCUCCGGCAACAAUAGUUGAAGAGGAAGGAAAAAAGGUGUGGGGGGCCAUAUGGGAAAUAGAUAAUAGCAAUUUAGCUGAUUUAGAUCGCCAGGAGGGUGUUCAUAACAGCGUGUACAAAGCUUUAGCGCUUCCCGUUGAGUUGCCUAGCGGUACAACAAUUAACUGUCGCGUUUAUCAGUUAGUUCGAAACCCAUGUUGCUUAGCACCAGAUGCGGAAGAUAGACCCUACGAAAGGCAGCCUUCAAAAACAUACAUGAAUAUUAUCAUUAACGGAGCGAAGGAAACGGGGCUUCCAGAUGAUUACGUUAUGUUGUUAAAGAAAAUUAAACAUAAUGGAAAUACUGGCGACCCGCAGCUUUCUUUAGAAUUAGAAAAACCCAUAGAAGAUAUGUGA